ACACAGAAUCAUGUUUCGACAAUAUAACGAGGAUAAUGGUGGUUUUGAGAAUAAGAAUUCAGAAGUGUUUGCCAACAGCUCCAAGCAAGAUGUCCCUUCAUCGACUUUACAAGAAAUUACAAUUUUACGAUCAUCAUUUGAUCAAACCAAACUGCACAAUGAAAUGGCUUACAGGAAACCACCGAAAAAAUCAAUCUUAAAAGCACAAUGCGGAAAAUGUUCAUCAAAAUCAGUGAAAUCGCGUGUUUUUGGAAUGAUUCCAAUGGUCUCAUCGUUAACUUCUUACAAAAAAGAUUAUUUAAUUGGUGAUGUGAUAGCCGGAUGUACUGUAGCAGUAAUGCAUAUUCCACAAGGAAUGGCAUUUGCAUUGUUGGCAGGUUUACCAGCAGUUGUUGGAAUCUACAUGGCAUUCUUUCCUGUUCUCAUGUAUGGAACUUUUGGAACAUCAAUGCAUAACUCAAUGGGAACUUUUCCAGUCAUCUCAAUAAUGGUGGGAAAAUGUGUUAACAAAUACACUACAAUUAGUGAAGAAGUAGCUGCCAAUGCAACAUUAAUUUCCAUGAAUGCAACCGCAGCAGAAAUAAUUGCAUCACCUUCAUCAUACACACCUACACAAGUUGCAACUUUUCUAUGCUUAGCUGUGGGAAUUUUCCAUUUGAUUAUGUGUGGCUUUCGUAUUGGAGUUGUGUCAUUACUUUUAUCAGAGUCUUUAGUCAGCGGCUUCACAACGGGUGUUGCAGUUCAAGUCAUUACUUCGCAACUGAAAGAUCUCUUUGGAAUUCCAAUCCCUAUGAUUAAUGGACAUUUUCAGUUCUUCAAGCAAUGGGCUGCUGCUUUUGAAGUUAUUAGCAUGUACAAUGGAUAUGCAGUGAUCAUGUCGAUUAUUGGAGUUCUUGUAAUUAUAAUCAAUUCAGAUUAUAUAAAACCAUACAUUGCAAAAUUCUCAAAAGUUCCAAUCCCUAUCGAGUUGAUGCUAGUUGUGAGUGCAACUUUACUUUCGAAUUAUUUGGGCAUGGAAAAGAAUUGGAAAGUUCAUCUUUUGGGAGGAAUUCCUGUUGGACUACCAGAAGCAGCUUUUCCAAAAUUAUAUUUAUGGAAAGAACUUUUAGUUGAUUCAUUUGCAAUUGCUUUGGUUUCCUAUUCGACGGCUGUGUCUAUGGCUUUGAUUUUUGCACAAAGAAAUAAUUAUGAAAUUGAUUUUAAUCAAGAAUUGUUGGCAAUGGGCAUAAGCAAUAUUUUUGGAUCUUUUUUCCAAUGCAUGCCAUUGGGAGUUGCUUUAUCUCGUUCGCUUCUUCAAGAAUCUGUUGGAGGAACAACUCAACUUGCAUCGUAUGUUUCAUGUGCACUUAUUCUUGUUGUAUUGUUAUGGAUUGGACCAUAUUUUGCUGCUUUACCACGAUGCAUUCUAGCUGCAGUUGUAUGUGCAACUUUAAAAGGAAUGAUAAUGCAAGUCAAAGAUUUCCCGAAAUUUAAUAAGAAAAGCAAGACUGAUGGAUUUGUGUGGAUGUCAGUAUUUUUUGUGACUGUUUUAGUAUCAAUUGAUGUUGGUCUUCUCUAUGGUGUCGUGUUGAGCAUCUCCAUAAUAUUUUACAAUAGUUUAAAAGCAGAUAUUUGUAUUCUUGGACAAAUUCCCAACACUGAUCUAUUCCUUGAUGUGGAAAGGUUCGAAAAAGCGAUUGAACUUUCAUCUGUGAAAAUUUGUAAAUAUACUGGAAGUAUAAAUUUUGCCACGAAAGCUUCAUUCAAAUCGAGAUUAUGUAAGAAACUUGGAGUAGAUUUAAUCAAAUGUUUAAAAAUCGCAGAGAAGAAUCUUAAUCAAGAAUUAACCGAGCAGAAUAAUUCAUCAGCAAUCAGUAAUGGCAAUGGAAAAUUUCAUGAAAAGGAACCUCAUAAAUAUUUCAGUUUUAAAAAUAUCUUGUUGGAUUUCAGUGGAUUGACGUUUAUUGACGCAUCUUCCAUCAACAUGCUUUCAACUCUGAUUGAUAACUUUGAGACAUUACAUGUAAAAGUUCUUCUCGCCGGGUGCUCCAGUAAAAUCUAUGAAACACUUGAUAAAAAUGAAUUCAGACACAUGACUCUUUUGUAUCCGACUAUUCAAGAUGCUUUGAAAUAUUUGACUUAAUCAUUUCUUUCACUUUUAAAACGAAAUUAUGGGAAAAUUACAAUUAAUUUAGAAAAGUUUCAAAUUGAUGACUCAUUGAAAUCCUACCUAGAACCUCCAUUAUAUUCUUUAUGUAUCGAAUCAUCCA